GACUGGUUUUGUGUUCAUUAUAUUGCCUACCAUUGAGUGAACCAUUCAUUUGUGGCGAUUGUAAUCAAGUGUUGAGUCAAACCUUAAACCAUUUGCUGUGAAAUACAUUGAGUUUUGAUUGAGUGCUGAGUUUGUGUCCCGUGUCGUGUCUCCAGUGAGUCCAUAGCCAAGCCAUGGCUCAGACUCAGGGAACCCUUCUCGAGGUCCUCAAGAAGAAGAUGAGGGCAAUGAAGGAUGAGUUGGAAGCGGCCAAAGAGACCACAGAUGACACUCAUCUCAAACUUCAGGAUGAGUUGAGACGUCGCGAAGAAGCUGAAGGAGAUGUGGCGGCACUGAACCGACGCAUUCAACUCAUCGAAGAGGACUUGGAGCGGUCGGAGGAGAGGCUCAAAGUGGCGACGAGUAAGUUGGAGGAGGCCUCACAGGCUGCCGAUGAGAGCGAACGAAUUAGAAAAACUUUGGAAAACCGGACAAAUAUGGAAGACGAUAGGAUAUCAGUGCUCGAGACACAGUUAUCUCAGGCGAGACUCAUUGCUGAAGAGUCU